AUGACUCCACAUCAUUAUGUCACUGCCACCUACACUAGCCACACGCCACAGUGCUCUUCAUCAGGAGGGGACCUGGGCGUCCGGCCAGAGCUUCCAGUGAUCCGUGUGGCUGGAGCUGCUGGCCCCCACAUUUCCACGAGCCAGGCAGAGAGCUUCGUGCACCAGCCUCGAUUGGGACCAGGUUCCAUCGUCGUCCCGAUCCGUUCCUCUGCGCGCUCCGUGCUGCAUCUCGAAUUCAACCGAAGCCUGUCGGCUCGUGCCAUUUUCCUCCCAACUCGCGCCUUGAGUGUACUUCACAGCUUACACAGGAGCUCCAAUGGCGUCGCAAACGAGUUUGAGCGGAGGUUCCGUGAGUACAUCCUGCAAUUGACUCUGCUGUUGUUCCCAACACCUAAUCAGAAUAUUUUGAACACUCAGGCCUCCAACCCGAUUGGCAAGCUUCAGGCCGGUCCGGAUGAGCUGCGAAAGGAGGCCGAGUCCUCGGCCGAGUUCGAGAAGCUGCAGGAAGAGGCCAAGAUCAGAAGGCUACAAGCAUUGGCAAGCUGUGACCCUUCCGACGUUCACGGCGCCACGAACACGAGACGAGGAUUCCUCGACCCCAUCUUCCAGCCGCUUCUGGCUGAGGAGGUCAACAGUAACUCCACCCUCGGUGAGGUAGCUGCUCGCCUGGGCGACGCCAGAGGAAAACUUGAAAGACUGGGCAUCUUCCACCCCGAUCCCAAGGUCCACCUGAACAGCUCGAACCAGACCGAUCCUUCGUCCACCCCAACCGAUGUCGACGUCGACGUUGUUGUCAAGGAGCUUUCCCGCUACAAGUUCAACGCCGGAACCGAUGUCGGAAACAGCGAGGGCUCUGCAUACACCUCGCUGCUCUGGCGCAACAUCUUUGGCGGCGCCGAGCAACUGACCGUCAACGCCAGUGCCGGCACGAGAACCCGUUCCGCCUACAGCGCUACGUUGAGCGCGCCGGUACAGAGCAACCCCGAUACGAGAAUUGCACUGGAAGGAUUGGCGUCGGCGACCGACAAAUCAUGGGCAGCUCACGAGGAGGUCCUGAAGGGUGGAAAUAUGCGCUUCUCUUGGCUCUCGAGUCCCAAGGACAUGCACUCCGUCGAGUAUUCGGGCAUCUGGCGUCAAGUUACUGGUCUGCGCGAAGGCGCCAGCCCGACCGUCCGCGCUGAUGCGGGAGACUCCGUCAAGAGCUCCAUCAAGCACACAUACCAACGCGAUCAGAGAGACAACCCGCAAUUGCCGCAGAGUGGUUACGUUCUGAAGUCCGUCUUCGAGCUGGCCGGUGUCGGCCCUCUUGGAGGCGACGUCGCCUUUUCCAAGAACGAGCUGGAAGUUGGUGGCGCCGUGCCCGUCCCCAUCCCCGGCGUCGAGGGACCCUCUGGCGUAUCCAUAGGGGGAGGCUUCCGAUUCGGUAUGCUCUACCCUCUCCCUCUUGGAUUUUCCUCCGGCGGCAAGGCCCAGCCCAGCCGCAUCAAUGACCGGUUCCAGCUCGGUGGGCCCACCGAUGUCCGCGGUUUCCACUAUGGUGGUCUUGGACCCCACGACGGACAGGACUCCGUUGGCGGAGAUGUUUUCGCGGCCGGUAGCGUGAACAUGCUUUUCCCUCUGCCAUACAAGGGCCCCGACUCUGCGCUCCGCUUCCAAGUCUUUGCCAACGGUGGCAGACUUGUCGCAAUGAAGAACAAGGGCAAGGGUGAUAAUUCAUCAACCAGCCUCGAUGCUGGCGGCGUUGCCAGCAGUGCCUGGAGAGCCUUGAACGACCUGACUAGCGGUCUGCCAUCAACUGCCGCCGGUGUCGGCCUUGUCUACGCUCAUCCCGUGGCCCGUUUCGAACUUAACUUUAGUCUUCCGUUGGUACUGAGACGCGGCGAGCAGGGCACCAAGGGAUUGCAAGUCGGUGUUGGCAUUAACUUCCUGUAG